AUGCUUCUUGUGUGAUGUGAUCAUGUGGCACCUGUCCACUAACAGUAAAACCCAUGUUCGCAUGUCUUAUUGGGUCUGACUCUGGUAAGUUCAUUCUGAAAUAGCAAAAUCAGUUUGAACAGCUGGUUGGUUGGGUGUUUAGUGAAGCCAUCACAUUACUAAUCUAACUGCUUAUAUUGACUCAGAUUGUUUUUAAACUGCUCCUUAGUAUUGGCUGUGCUUCUACAUCGUUAUAGGCCACCACAGCCCCAGUGGUUGUAGGAUUGUGCGGUCGAGCCAGAUAUGCUGUGAGAGGGAGAGAGAGAGUAAGUGAGAGAGAGAGCUAAAGUGACAUUGAAAUCCUCUGAUUAUAUCUGAUGUGUUCAGUUCGAGGCUGAGCUGCUUCACCUUACAAAGACAACCUGCUUCUAAUAUCAUUUUCAAUUACACUUAAUUUGGGGAUUAUUCGACUUUUGCAGCAGAUGAAGGUAGAGGGCUUACAGGAGGACGGGGAUUCUGGGUCGGUGUCCUCCACCGACCGGACCGUCGGUGCUGCCAUCGGUACCGAAGGGACAGCCUGCAGCCCCGGCUCCGCAGAACGCUGCAUGUCUCGGCUGCUCAGCGCCGUGGAGAGUGAGCUGCAGGCCGGCCGGGAGAAGGGGGACCCCACAGAGAGGGAGCUGAGGGUGACCUUGGAGGAUGCCGAGCUGUGGAGGAAGUUCCAACACAUCACCAACGAGAUGAUUGUCACCAAGAACGGACGACGCAUGUUCCCCGUUCUGAAGGUCAGUGUCUCUGGUCUGGACCCCAGCUCCAUGUACUCCUUCCUGCUGGACUUUGUGCCGGCCGACAGCUGCCGCUGGAAGUUUGUGAACGGGGAGUGGGUGGCGGCUGGCCGGGCUGAGGGUCGAGGGGAGGGUCACCGGGGUCACGGGGGAAUCUACAUUCACCCUGACUCACCAAACUUUGGAGCCCAUUGGAUGAAGGCGGCUGUGACCUUUAACAAAGUAAAACUCACCAACAAGGUCAACGGGGGAGGACAGAUCAUGUUGAACUCUCUUCAUAAAUACGAGCCUCAGCUCCAUAUUGUGUGCGUCGGCUCUCGUCAUCGCCUGGUUUCUAAUGUCUCCUUCAAAGAAACUCAGUUCAUCGCUGUCACUGCUUAUCAGAAUGAAGAGAUCACGGCUCUGAAGAUCAAAUACAAUCCAUUUGCUAAAGCCUUCCUGGACGCCAAAGAGAGGAACCCGGGGGGACGGGGUUUACCGGAGCCCGAAGGUCGCGUCGGGAUCCAGUCCUGUUGGUCACUGUGCUCGAGUGGAGGUGGUGGAGCGUUCACUUUUGGAAGUAGCCUCCCUUUGACGUCACAUCACCACCACAGUUACAAACAUCACAGUUAUCCAGGGCGACACACACCUUACCCCCCCUCCUACCUGCCACACCGCUCACACUCCUCAGUUUGCCUGUCUGAAGGUAUUCAGGUGUUAACAGAUGGAUGGAGCAGCUCCUCCCCUCGUACAACCUCCUCCUCUUCCUCCUCCUUCUCCUCAACAUCCCUUCCUCUGACAACCAGCGCUCCUUCUUCACAACCUCCUGCUCCUCACAGCUCUAGCCAGUAUCCAUGUUUGUGGACUGUUGGAUGUGGCGAUCUAAGCCCCUCUCACUCACCAUGUGCUGCUCUCCAUGGACCAAUCAGCAGUGAGGGUCUCAUGCAGCCAGCAAAUCAGAGUCGAUCAGGCAGCGCUGGGUGGCCCCCUGGAUCCACCCACUCUUACUAAACAGGAGUGUGUGAUACACUUACACAUUUUAAACUGUCUACACCUCAGCUGGUGGAUAGCUGGGCUGUUACUGGUGGUGGCUACCAGUAACCAUUGACCAACUGCAUAUACUGUUAACCAGUGACAGCAACGUAAAUAACAGUAAUCAGCUGGUAGCCAUAUAAUCUACCAGUGCCUACUAGAAGCUAUUGGAUUCUUGCUGCUGGAGGCUUAUCUGGCCUCUAAGUAUUAAUCUGUAAUUGCACAUGUUUGUAAUUUCUGGUGGCUGCAUAUUAGCACCAUAUAUGUUUUUCUGUUAAACUGUUACUGUUGGCUACUAGUAUUUACUGAUGGUUAUUAUUAAUUAGUUAUUAGGUUCUAUUUGUUGCUUCUUGAUCUCUGUGAUAACUGUUGGCUACUUAUACAAGAACACUGGCGUUUCCGGUGUGAGUGGUGUCCUGCUGUUAUUGUCCGUAGCCAGUUGUACAUAUUGGUAAUGACUAGUGGUCAUUUUUAGGUACUGGUAUCUAAAGCAUUAGAUUGUUUUUUUUGGUUACCUGACUACAUAAACUGUGAUUAGCAUUUGUGAAAAUCUCUAAAUUCUAAUAACAGGCCUACUUAGUACCUGUGGUUGCUCAUCAAGUGCCCAUUUGGUGCUGACUAUUAUUGCUAAAGUUUUCUACUUGAAGAACACAGCAAGCCACCAGUUACUUUAAUAGUCAGUUCAUGCUAAUUUAGUUAAUUUAUCAUUUCUGUAAACCGUUAAUUUAAAUUGACAGUGGCUAGUUAAGAUGCAGUAUGUAUUGCAUGUAAAUAUUCAUCAUUAUUUUGAUAUUGAAUAAAAUUAACUUUCUUGUCAAAGAUAAACUAAAAUGAUCAGUGCCAUUGGUAAUGGUUUUAUAUAUAUUGUUUCUGGCACAGGACUGACCUUUGUAACAUUCUUUAUUUUUGAACCUGUACAGUUCAUCAUCUGCAUAGUAUAAAAUACUUUACUAACAGAAAUGUGCUAAUUACAUUUGCAAAGUAAAUAAUGUUAUAUCAUUUCUUUGUUUUUUUAAACAGUCUGAUUAUUUCAACUGUUGCACGUGUUUGAUGUAAUUUUGGCUGUAAUUGUUACAGAAAUGUAGAAAUA